GCAGAAACGAGAAAUGCCGGGUAACGUUCGAUAUGUGUUAGUGUGAGGACAUUUUCAUACAUACACAUGUACGCUCUACCACCCACAUGUAGCACCGUGCCAGUUCUGUUGUAAAGGAUUUAUGCGCUACCUGUACUGGACCUGGUAUGCAAAAGGGAGCACCUUUGGUUGGGAACUUCAUGCAUAUUCAUGACCAUAUGAUGACCUUGUGACCUGUGUGGGAUAUUUCUAUGCAGAAUAUAUUGACGGGGCAAAAACUAAAACAACUGGUAGAGAUUAAAAGCUAAUUAAAAAGAUACCGUCAGCUAACGAUUGCUUCACUGUGUGGAUUUGUGAUCAGUGAAACAUUUAUCUCGGAGCAGAUUGCAAGAACGGAGGAAUUCAAGUGAACUUUGUCAGGACACACUUUGAUGAACAUCAGUGAAGUUUCUUUAGGAAUCCUUGAAGUCUUUAAUUUUGGGCACUGUCUGUGGAUGACAUAACUCUGUGGACUCGCUCAUUAUUUACGUGAUUGGCUACAUAUCACUGAUUAAGGGCACAUUUUUUGUGAUAGCUGCAGUAGGUCACAGUUGUGUGAGGUGUUUACACUCGCUCGUAAUCUACAGAUCAGUGAUUUUAUCUGUGUGGAUGAUGCAGUAUGUAAAUAACAAUUGACAGGUUAAAAAACAUUGUUUUAUCGUGGCAUUUCCUAUCUAUCUGUGACUUUAUAAACGGAACAACAUGGUAUAAAAGUCAGGUAUGAAAUAAUUGCAAGGAUUUUGCAUUAUCCCUUUGUAUCCUGAAAGACGCCUUAUGUACCUGUGGUCACUCCAUUUAACUCGUUCGUUGUGAUAAUUUGAAAGUAUUGUUGAAAGCUUUGAUAUUUUAGAACAAACUGAUUUGAAACUGAUGAUUUUUUGUGUGUCUCAGUAGUGCUUUUGGAACAGGAGUUUGUUGAUGCAUAUAUACACUUGUAUUUUGUGAGUAAGAUUUUGCUUAAUCAAUAAUCACAUCCAAGAGCCGUCCCUGGUAUUGGUAUAUAAAAGCAAGUAUAAGAAAGACGCCUUCGACAUGUUGGACGAAACUUUAACCUACACGGGUAUAAUCCUCAUCGUCAUAGUAGCGGGCCGGUACCGCCCUCGCCGAUUUAGGCUCUACAUCCCCUUCCGUCCUUUGAUUGGACGAGUGGGAAUCGGACGUCUCCAUCAUUUGUCCCUGAAGAAAUCUGCACGCAGUAUUCAUCAGUCACUGAAGUGCCUAGUGCUACAUGUACAGCUCAAAGACCUGGUGUUGUUAGGUCCUCGUUUGGCCAUCCUUCCGACCAAGACUCUGUUGAGAUUACUCGUUAAAUGUCAUAAAAGGAACUAUUUCUUGUCGCGUAAGAAUGACAAAUCAAGGAAAGUGGUACAGGGUUUAUAUCCUCAAGAUCACUCCAUCCUAAGGUAUAAUUGUACGGUGAACCUGUAUCGUAAGAUGCCCCUGAAAGCUAUGUCAAGGUUGUGGGGUAAAGUCAACCAGUUCCACCUUCCGCUGUGGCUUAGGAGGCCGGUGUACCGUCUGUACAUCUGGGCGUUUGACUGCAAACUGGAAGAGGCAGCCAUUGAAGACUUGAAGCAUUACAAUAAUCUGGGCGAGUUUUUCAGACGACAGCUGAAACCAGACGUCAGGCCGGUGGAUCAGGUUCAUUGUGUGACCAGUCCGGCUGACGGUAGAGUGUUGCAUUAUGGGAAGGUUGAGAACGGGAAGCUAGAGCAGGUGAAAGGUGUGACGUACUCGCUGCGGGGUUUCCUGGGCCCAUCCACAUGGCUGAAGGGCCUGCCGUCAUCUGACAUUGCUGAUGGUUGCCUGACAGACAGAGACUACCACGGUCAGCUGAAGGUCAAGCCUGGUCACUCACUCCAUCACUGUAUCAUCUAUUUGGCCCCUGGGGAUUAUCACCGCUUCCACUCCCCCGUGCAGUGGACCAUGUCCUUUAGGAGGCACUUCCCAGGUGAGCUAUUGAGUGUAAACCCAGGUGUGGCACGAUGGGUUCAAGGGCUGUUCAACUUCAACGAACGAGCGGUUUACUUCGGCCAAUGGGCUCACGGCUUCUUCUCCAUGACAGCAGUAGGUGCCACCAAUGUCGGCUCCAUCAAGAUCUACGCUGAUAAGGAAUUGUGCACUAACUCUGGCAAGAGACAUCCUCACGGCAUUUUCUAUGACAAGCAGUUCGGGAAGAAGGGGAUCCAGGUGGAGAAAGGGGAAAUGUUCGGGGAAUUCAACUUGGGCUCCACCAUCGUUCUCAUCUUCGAGGCUCCAGAUGACUUUGACUUUCGCUUGGAAGAAGGUCAAAAAAUUCGAUUCGGAGAACCUUUAGGCAAUUGUCAGCUAGCAACUGAAAACGAGCAAUAAUGUUACUGUGUAACCAUAACAACAACAAAUAUGUCCUAAAUUUGGAUAGAUACGCACAGGACUGAGUUGUCUGUCUAGCCUUACCAAACUAUUUUCUCCGUCUGCUGGUUAACAGAAGAUGAUAAAUUUUUGUGAAAACAACACAAAUGGCUGUGAUCUCAUUCAUUGUAAAUACUUUACAACAAUAUAAUGUAUAAUCGGGUUGUUUUGGAAUGGUGGAAAAAGAAAGUCAGUACUAGUGAGACUUGGGUUUGUUUUAUGCUGUGUCACACCGGUGCUUCUUCCUCUAGAAUAUUUGUAUAUAGAUUUGUAUAUACAUAUAUAUGUACAUUUUGUUAUUAUAUUAAAUAUAU